AGACAUCAAAACGACACCGUGCGAGCGGAAGCAGAGGGGGAAACGGCGGACACCUCAGUCUUUACCCUCCAAUUAGCAGUACCACUGUAAACGCGUUGACGCUCAAACGUUGCCCACUUUUGUAGGGCUGCGAUUUCGCAAUACUGAGGCUGGGUGUUUUCUCUAAGUAGGAAAGGAUCUGUUGCUACGAAAAGCGCCACACGCCUCUGUUCCGCCAGAGCGUCGCUGAUCGGGAGCUGUCCAGUGCUGAAGUUGCAUUUCGCAGAAGCUUGCCGAGGAAGGUUCGCGUUUUUCCUCGCCUAGGCGUUUCAUUCGUCGCCCCGUAGGAUCGCUGAACUGUCUAAGUCAUCUGUUCUGCGGUGGAUGAAGAGAGGGCACAGUACUGGACGAGUGUUUGUGUUCUGCGCUCUAAACAUGCCAAGGUCUUUUUUGGUGAAGAAGAUUAAACUAGAUGAUUUCUCAUCCACAGAUCUGGAGAGUGCGUAUAGCAGGUCCAGGACUGAUCUUAACCUACGUAUUCACGAGAAAGGGUACAUUAGCGACUACAUUACACCGGCAGUUUACGAAGGCGAGAGUGACGGCGCCGUUAAAGUGCCCUCCCCGGAACCGCUCUAUGACGGCAUACACAGUGAUUACGGUGCGCCGGACUCGGAUCAACCGGACAGCCCGCAGUCAGAGAUUACCUCCGGAUAUAUCAACGGAGAUAACGCGGUGAGCGAGGGGUACACUGUGGAUGCUUUCUUCAUAACGGACGGCAGGUCCCGACGGAAGGUGAUCAACAGUCCGAGGACCCUCCAACGGCACACGUGCAACGAAUGUGGCAAAACCUAUGCGACGUCUUCCAACCUGAGCAGACACAAACAGACGCACCGGAGUCUGGACAGCAAGAUGGCCAAAAAGUGCCCGACGUGUGGGAAAGUGUACGUGUCCAUGCCAGCCAUGGCCAUGCACCUACUCACGCACGAUCUCAAGCACAAAUGUGACAUAUGUGGAAAAGCAUUCAGCAGGCCUUGGCUGUUGCAGGGCCACAUGCGGUCCCACACGGGCGAAAAGCCCUUUGGAUGUGCACACUGCGGAAAAGCGUUCGCCGACCGCUCCAACCUACGCGCGCACAUGCAGACGCACUCUGCGUUCAAGCACUUCAAAUGUAAACGAUGCAACAAGACCUUUGCCCUCAAGUCCUACCUGAAUAAGCACUACGAGUCUGCUUGCUUUAAAGGCGCGUUCUCGCCACUAGCGUCACUUGAGGCAUGAUUUCGUUAUUCAAAGCUCGCAAAGCCUUUUCUGUUCGUGACAAUUUUGGGACGUCUCUUUCCUCCAAUCUCACCGAGUCCCAGACGACCCAUAUGGAACAAAUAGCACACGUUUAUUUCCACUCUGCAUUGUUGACCUUAAAGGUGUAAUGACUCUUCGCAUGCUGUUCAGAACCCACGUGCUCAGAUGACGUCCUUACAACGCACCCGAAGCGCGACUGAAUAGCCUGCGCAUUCUGGAUCUAAAAGGUUUGAAUGACAACGCUGUCUAAUAACUACAGAUUCUUUUUUUUCGUAUAACUGGAUAUUAUUAUACUGCUGCGAGUGACCCCACGAGUAUUGACAAUUGAGUUAUUUGUUUGUUUGUUUGUUUAUUAAUUAAUUUAUUUAUUUAUUUGGGAAGGGCAGAGAGUACAUUUUAUGAUGUUUAUACUUUUUGCACUUUGAGUUCUCAUUUUCCAGUCUCAUUGACAUGCCAAAGUAUUUGAAUCCAUGAGAAUGAUUUUCAAAUUCUUUGAUUUUAUAUGCCUAUGUAAUGCAUGCAAAAAAGAAACUAUGCCAAUAUCAUAAAGCUUAUCAUUUUGCCAAAAGUUAGGUAGUAUCAAUGGGCAAUAUUUCUUGGGAUUCUCAUGAGGAUAUAUACAGCAAUAAUCACAUAAUGCAUGGUAUUUUUGAAAGUAAUGAACUAUUACCUAUAGCAGCUUUUUCUAAAAUCAGGUAUGUUUUGAUCUCUUAAUAAUCAAGCAGAAAAAAAUACAACAUCAGGGAAAACGCCAGUGUAGUGUUAGUGAGUCGACAAGACUUAAAAAUAAAAGUAUAAACCACUUUCCUUUGCUCUGUUGUUAUGCACUGCCUGCCUCUAAUUUAAACGUAGUUUUAGGAUGUAGGCUUGAAGUGCUGUAACUCUGCUCUGAGCAGUUCAGAAUCAUGCUCCAAAUCUUUGGAACACACAGCCGGGAAAAAUAAAGUCUUCUCUGUAGAUUACUCAAAAGGACGAGGAAGAUUGCCAGUAGCAGGGAAGAUGAUCAUCUGCACAGCUGGUCUGUAAACCACUUGCACUGCACUUCAGGCUCUGAUUCAUGUAAGAUUCCUCCAUUUCUCCAGUCUGGGUGUCCCUAAGAUUUAUGCUGAAAGCACUUCAUCUUAGAGAGUCUUAAAAAGUAGCACAAAAUCUUAGAUUCAGGUAGAGACUGCUAGUUUGACCUUAGUUUUUGUAUCAUAAAUGAGGAAUAUCUGAGAAGCUCAGUUUAAAAGGUGAUGUAGCCUAAAUGUAAAUACUCAUUUGAAGAGAAGAACCUUUUUACAACUGUAUAUCAGUCCACUGACUCCUGGACAGGGGAUUUCUGAAUCAAAUAAAAUGUCCUGCAAUUUUUGAGCCAAUCUUCACUGAUGUAAAAGCACAAGGCACCAGGCAUUUUAUGGUACUUCAUAAUAAAGAUGAAGUAAACAAA